AGCGAAUUGGAAGGGGCUCGAGUUGCGCGAUCGGGGGACUCGCUUCAUUUUCUGGUGGCUUCAGUGGCACGGAGAGUGAGUCACCGAGUUAGUCCCAGAGAUGGUGUGAGGCGGCCAGCGCACAGUGUCGGCACAUCACCCGGGUCCCUUCCGUCUGUACACCCAUACACACACUAGGAGUGGCAGUUAGCCUCAAGCCGUUGUUGUUUCAUGCUCUCAUUUUUAUUUUGUUUAAAAAAAAUGUGUGCAGCGCCGGGAUUUUAUCAUCUGAGCUAACCUUGUGUGAGCCGCUUUCGACUUCGUUUCCAGAGAACAGAUUUUUGGAAAUCAGUGUUAAAUCACAAGAACUCAGAUACCAAGAGAGGACGAUUUGAUCUGCAUCUCAACACUUACAUUUCCCGUGGCUUUUAGCAUCCACAUUUUCAGGGGACAACUACAAAUGACAUAAAUCUUCAUCGACAAGUUGGCAUAGGUGGGCUUGAGCGAACAUACGAACAUUGACUGACCUGGCCUACAAAUAUUCUUUCCUCACUGCUGAGUGCUUACGCGAUAUUCCUUGUGACGUUUUGCAGAAGCAAUCAUGCCAGCAUUAUCAACAGGAUCUGCAAAUGAUACAGGUCUGUAUGAAUUGUUGGCUUCCUUGCCAACCCAGCUGCAGUCGCAUGUGAGCAGCCAGGAAGAUCUGACCUUCCUACGGGAUAUGUUUGGUGAAAAAAGCCUUCAUUCACUAGUGAAGAUCCAUGAAAAGCUUCAGCAGUAUGAGAGACAGAGUCCGACACCCAUUCUUCAUAAUGCAGCCACUUUGGCAGACGAUCUCACAGAGGAUCUGCACAACGCACCAAUGAACAAUGAGAUCAGAGAACUGGUGAAGCUGCUAUCACAGCCCCAUCUGAAGGCUUUACUGUCGGUUCAUGACACAGUGGCUAUGAAGAAUUAUGACCCUGUAUUACCCCCUAUGCCAGAUGAUCUUGAUGAUGAUGAAGAUUCAGUGAAAAUCAUUCGACUUGUCAAAAACAAAGAGCCCCUGGGAGCAACAAUAAGAAGAGACGAAAGCACUGGUGCUAUUGUUGUGGCAAGAAUAAUGCGUGGAGGGGCUGCAGACAGAAGUGGUCUCAUCCAUAUUGGAGACGAGCUGAAGGAAGUUAAUGGAAUUGUAGUUGAUGAUAAAAGACCUGAGGAAAUCAUUCAGAUCUUGGCUCAGUCACAAGGAGCAAUAACUUUUAAAAUAAUUCCAGGUAUUAAAGAGGAGAUUCCAACUAAAGAAAGCAAGAUGUUUGUUAGGACUUUAUUUGAUUAUGACCCUAAUGAGGAUAAAGCAAUUCCAUGUAAAGAAGCUGGGCUUUCUUUCAAGAGGGGAGAUAUCCUUCAGAUCGUCAGCCAGGAUGAUGCAACUUGGUGGCAAGCCAAACGCGAGUGUGAUGCCAAUCUGAGAGCAGGACUAAUCCCUUCAAAGCAAUUCCAAGAGAGGAGAUUUGCACUUCGAAGACCUGUAGCAUUUGUUCAGCCACAAAGGAAUUCCAACAGACGAUCCUAUGAGGAAACUCUUGAGAGUGAGGAAUUUGAAGAAGAUGCUGAAUAUGGUGACCUUGUCAGUGGACUCUAUAUAGCUGGUCUCAGAAGAAGUUUUCGACUGAGCAGAAAAGAUAGAAAGACUAAUAAAUCCAUGUAUGAAAGCAAAAGAAGUGAACAGUAUGACACAGCAGAUGUACCAACAUAUGAAGAAGUUGUCUCUUACCAGCAUCAACAUAAUGAAAAGUACAGACUGGUAGUUCUUGUUGGUCCUUCAGGAGUUGGGCUGAAUGAGCUUAAACGGAAACUGUUGAUUAGUGACUCACAGCACUAUGGUGUAACAGUUCCACAUACCACGAGGCCAAAAAGAAGCCAGGAAACUGAUGGAGUGGAAUAUCAUUUUAUUUCCAAGCACUUGUUUGAGACAGAUGUACAAAAUAACAAGUUUAUUGAACAUGGAGAAUACAGAGGAAACUUGUAUGGAACAAGCAUAGAUUCUGUUCGACAUGUAUUGGCCAAGAAUAAAGUGUGCCUAUUGGAUGUACAAUGUCAUACAAUAAAACAUCUGAGGACAUUGGAAUUUAAACCAUAUGUGAUAUUCAUCAAGCCACCAUCACUUGAACGGCUCAGAGAAACCAGAAAGAAUGCAAAAAUCAUUUCAAGCAAAGAUGACAAAGGCUCUGCCAAACCAUUCACGGAAGAAGAUCUUCAAGAAAUGAUCAAAUCCGGAGAGCUGAUUGAAGCCCAGUGCUCGCAUCUCUUUGACAAAACUCUGGUGAAUGAUGACCUUUCAGUUGCCUACAAAGAGCUAAAAAUGACCUUAGAUAAUCUGGAGAAAAAUCCUUUCUGGAUCCCAGUCAAUUGGCUACAUUCAUAAAACCACAAAAGGGAAUAAUAAUAAUAAUAAAAAUUUAACUGAACGUUGUUUAGGAGGGUGGUGAUCUUGAUGGUCAUUCCCAGAACGGAUGGUGCUUUGAAGUAAAACAUUGCCAUUUUAUUUUGCACUUUUAAUGUCCAAUAGCAAACCAUGUUACUUUUGCUAAUUGCAAGCUUCCAUCUACCUGAAAUGAGCAGUGCUAAAAUAUUUUCACUACUUGGGGAAUAAAUGUAGACACUUUCUGGUUUUACUACUGAUUGUGACCUUAUGAGGUGACAGGGAUUUUAUUUUUAAAAUGCUGAAAUAUAAGUGUAUUUUAGUAAAUUGUAGGUGAUAUUUGUUUUUAAGUAAAAAAUAUAUGGUGUAGGUUGUUAAUGAAGAAAAUGCAAUGUAUCCAAACAAGGUGCAUUGGUGGUUCUGCCUUAGCAUGUCAUCAGAACCAGAGGAAUUCAUGUGUGUCUUGUACAAUAAAAUGAAAUCCAGUGAAAUAUUAUAUAAGAAGAGAAUUCUUUGGAAAAAUGGUGUUUUGCCAUGUUGAUGAUGUGGUUCAUAACUGUAUUUUAAAAGCUGUUGGUUAUUAAUGCCUGUCCACAACUUGGUAUUAAAUCAUGCUCAACAUUCCAUGUAAAUUUACCUCACUAAUUUGUGCUUAUAAUGCCACCAGUAGGUGCAUUGUAAUUAUAUUUUGCUAGAUGAGAUGCACAUGGAUUGUAAAUUAGAGUUUUAUUAUAUGUCAAGAAUCUCACGGAUAAAAUAGUUAUACUUUGUUGCAUCUUUUAAUUUUUUAAAAACUUUCCUAGGUAUCCCAGAUUAAUAAAUUACCAAACUUAAUUUUUCUGUGGUGUUUUUAGUAAAGUGAAUGGUUAUCUUUAUGAUAUGCCAAGCAGCUUUAAGAAAAUGUUACUCAGUUGUAAUGUGCAAUUUCAAGUGAAUUUGAUGUACUGCAAUAUCUACAAAUAUUAAAAUCUUGACUUGCGUUAUCUUUA